AUGAUUCGCUGGCUCCCCCUGGCCGACCCCUCUCCGCUCCCCUCACCCUCGCCCUUUGCAUGCCUUCUCUGGCUUCCCAUGCCCGCUCCGCUCCGUGCACCAGGGUUCCGCCCUCCAUUCUGCCCUCUUGGCAACUUCCUCCUGAUUUGUGGCGCCCCUCCCUCAGCCCUCCCCACUCUUCCGCCCGUCCCCAUUGUGGCGUCGGCGGCUCGCGCGCCUUUUGCCCCUCCCCCCUGCCCGUCUCGCGCAGCGGCCGCCUUUCUGGCGAUGGUGACCAGGCGUCUUCCCUCCUGCUGCGCUGCUAGCGGCGUUCAGUGCCCCUCGCUCCUGCAUUCUGGAGCCCUCCGCGCGCUGUCCCUCUCCACGGCUGCCGUCUCGACCACGCAAUUCCUGCAGCGUGGUCCUUGA